AUGGAGCAGUUAGAUUGGUCAGAGCAGGAGAUCUACCGCCAGAGGAGGCUGCUGGAUGCUGUGAUGAAGCCCAAACUCCAGCUGCACAGAGUCGCUCAGAGCCAGAACAACCAGAUCAACCAGAACAAGUCAAGGGGGGAGUUCAGGGGGCGUCUAUUUAACAAGAGACUGGAUUGGCUGUGUGUUCCCUUUGUCUUGAUGAACCCUAACUGCUUGUACAUCAGCAAGACACUGAUGAACAACACUUUACACGCUCCCUGGAUUGGUGCACCAGGACUGGAGAAGACCGGGAUCAUGAUGGAUGAAUUCUUGAUAUUUCAGAGUUUACAUCAGAGGACGUUGGCAGCUUCUUCAUUAGCCACAGCUAAGCUCUCGUGCUUAGUUGCUGCUUUCCUCAUACUUGUGUUUGGAACACCUCCAAUACUGCUUGGGGCAGCUGCUGCAUCUACAGAUUGGAACCUGACGUCUUAUGGUUCUCCAUUUCCAUAUGAACUUGGGGAAGCAGCUCAAAUCCUGGCCAUCACAUUACAGCACCUCACCCCGUCCUUCAUCUCCAUAAUCGGAACAGGAUGUGUUGCUGCUGCUGUGAUGUCAUCUGCUGAUUCUGAUUUGAUUUCUGCUGCUUCUGUCUUCACAUCCAACAUAUACAAGAAAAUUAUGAGGCCACAGGCAUCAGACAGAGAGAUUCAGUGGGCGAUCCGAGUUGCUGUGAUGGUCGCGGGUUUGGUUGGUACAUCACUAACCAGCCAAGAAAACAGUGUCUUACUCUUCUGGAUUCUUAGUGCUGAAGUGGCCUACAUCAUAAUCUUCCCUCAACUAGUCUGCGUCCUCUUCGUCAAUAUCUCCAAUGGUUAUGGAGCUGUUAUGGGCUGUGUGGUGGGCUUGGUGCUCAGAGUUCUCAGUGGACUCCCAUCACUCGGGCUGCCAGUUGUCCUCCACUUCCCAGGAUGUGUUCUUGAGGACGGAGUUUAUGUCCAGCACGCUCCAAUUAAGACCAUCUCCAUGCUGUCUGCCAUUGCUGCCAUUGUGUUGUUCUCCUAUCUGACAUCUGUGCUCUUCAACAAAGGCCUGUUACCUGAGAAGUGUGACGUGUUCAAGGUGAAAGUCCAGCAAUCAGCACGAGAGCUGACACUGGUACAUGGGGCCAAAGAAGAUGAUGAGAAAGAGAGACUGGAUAACACAUGUCCUCAGACUGAGGCCUCAGAGCCAAUGAUUAGCUCACAGUGUUAGAGUCCCUUAAUAUAUGUUGUUUGAAUCCUAACACAGACCAGGAAGCUCUAUCACAUCCUACAUCCCUAUGGAGACUUCUGCAUCCAAACACAGGGGCAUUAAGACAAGUGGACAUAGAUGGCACCAGUUCA